AUGCUGGGUACAUCGCCUUCUUUAUUGCAGCGCAGGGUUUGUUGUCUUGGUGCAUUGUUGGUGUUAGGUGGUGAUGUUCAUAGAGUCACAAGAAAUGGUGGAGCAGCCCAUACUAAAAUGACUAGUGAUAAUGACAACGUGCCCAUACUUAGCAAUGCUCGUUCACUUCACCUAAGAUCUGUUUCUGCUCGGUCUGUGCAAGAUUCACCAUUUUCCCUGAAGCUCUCUCUCUCACUGGGACAAAUUGCUGUGUUUAAACUUUGUGAUGAGGACCAUACUUAG